UGAAAAUAUAAAACCACCUUUCUAGUUUCUCUUGCGUUUUCUGUAAAUCACCAUGCUUGCUGUUCCUUCUCUUCCUAUCACUGCCGCUUGGGCUCCUCUGUUUGCCGGAUAUUCUCUCUAUCUGACAUCUCGCGUCGUGCGUACCCGCAUCGGCGCCAAGGUCUCUAUUGGUGACGGCACUCUUGAAGAACUUACAUGCCUGCAAAAAGGUAGGCGGAUUGCAGGCUGUCAAUGAUUGGGGUAGCGGACAUUACGCCAUAUGGCAUCAAUUACUAAUCGCACUAUUAUGGCAGGCGAAACCGAUGAAGCCAAAAUUACAAAGUACAAGUCUUUGCGCACUGCCAUGAGAGCUCAAGCAAACUUCUUGGAGAAUGUACCUAUUGCCUUGUUUUUGAUUGCUGUUCUCGAGUCCAACCGUGCCAACGCCAAAGCCAUUCAUGGCCUAUUAGGAACUCUCUUUGUUGCCCGUGUCCUUCAUGGUAACUUUGGUAUGUUCUGGAACGCCACUGGUUUAGGUAACGGCCGUUUCUAUGGCUUCAUGACUACCAAUGCUGUCAUCGCCGUCUCUGCUAUCUGGAAUGGAGUCAUUGGCAGCCAAGCCAUUCGAGACCAAUUUUAAAUGCAAUGUACGACUGCUUGGGGGAUACCUGUGUCAGAGAGUUACAUCUAUUUGAUGCUUGAAGAAAAGAUUCUUAGAAAGAGUGGAUUAAUAAAUGAGGAGGAUGGAGACACUAUAUCAUGUGUUCAAAAACUGAUUAAAUGUCACGGUUGGUAUCAUACCUUAGGAAAGAAGUAUUGAGGUGGUACGUCUGUGCUGAACCGGCCAGAUGUUGAAGGCACUGUGAUCGCUGGCUGGCCUUUAAAAACAGAGAAAGCCCAAUUUUCCAGCCUCAGUUUCCUUGCUUGGCAUUUUUUGGUCUUUUGGUCCUCAUUUCAGGAAGGUUA